AUGACGGAAAGCCCGCCACCAUGGCCAGAACGCCACGACACAAUACGACAAGUGCUCCAAACCAAGAGGGUCAGAGCCGCGCUUCGCGACUUUCAGAUCAGUCACAGCAGCGUACGCAGCAUCGGUGCCUCAUUGCAAGACGCUGACGCCGGCAAGAGCCAAGAUGACAUUGCUUCUCCAUCCAUCGACAGGCUGCUUGAUAUCAGCUUGAUCAUAGCCUGGUCCGCGCAGGGUCUCUUGCCGGACAAGGACCCCAAUCCGUUCAGAGCAUCGGCGAGCUCUUCACUGCAACAUCUACGCCAGGCCAGCUUGGCAGUACAGGACUUCAAGUCCGUCAAGGUGCUGCAGAAGAGCGCGGGCAGCCUUGUCGAGGUGGUCAAAAACCGACUCGAUGGUCGUAUCUAUGUGCUCAAGUCGCUCGUCAAAGGCUUCGCUAGACGCAAUGCAGCCAUCCAGACCCCCAUCAACGAGACCAAACUCCUUCAACGCCAAUCCAACAAGCACGACACAACAAACAACCAAGAACUCCAGCUUCUGACACCACAGCUGCUAGCUGCUUUCCAGACCCAGAACUCGGUACACGUUCUCAUGGAGUACGUGCCUAGCGGUGACUUCUGCGAGCUUCUCAUGGCUGCAAGCAACUGCGGUGCCAAGUAUCCGGGACGAGCCGCCACGGGUCUGCUCACCCACGACUGGAUCCUCAGAUACAGCGUCGACAUGAUUCAGGCCAUCGCCUGGGUGCACGGCCAGGGCUUCGCCCACAGGGACAUCAAGCCAGGUAACUUCCUCUUGGACAAGAGUGGCCAUCUCAAGCUUUGUGACUUUUCGAGCGCAGCCCCCUUCAGCGAUUUUGGUGCUCGACCCACCUCUGCCAACGUCGGACGAGCUCGACAUCCCCUCUCAACAGCCGACCGAAAGGUGUGGGCGUUCUACUGCUCUCAGCCUACGGGUACGUGUGACUACCUCUCCCCCGAAGUGCUCGAGGCAGAGGAACAGCGAGUGCUCGAGCGACAGCAGCAGUGCGACACAUCCAGUCUCGAUGACAUGCUCGGUCUCAAACGUCAGAGUCGCCAGACCUCAUCCAGCGACCCAGACGACGGUCCGAAAGAAGUGGCUGGCAUGUACGGCCCAGAGGUCGACUGGUGGAGCUUCGGUGUCAUGCUGUACGAGAUGCGUUUCGGCGUUCUGCCCUUCUUCGCCAGCAAGAUGGAAGAGACCUACGAAAAGAUCAAGGACCACAGGAAAUCGCUCGUCUUUGACGACUCGGUCGACUGCUCACCUCAGCUCAAAAGCCUUAUUCACGGCUUGUUGACGACAGCCAGGCACCGCCUAGGUCGGAAGUCGUCGGAAGAAGUCCAGAGGCACAUGUUCUUCCGCACCGAGAACAUCAACUGGUCCUUGCAGUGGCCCUUGCAGCCACCCUUUGCUCCGAACGCCGAGGCAAUUGACCUGCAAUCCCAGACCGGGGCAGGCCAGCAAGGUGGGCUUGCUGAAGGCAUCGCUGCGCAGCUGCAAAACAACUCUUUCUCUGUCGUCUCGAGCCUACCUUCGUUCUCCGCCCUCUACGAUGGCAACCCGGACGACUUUCCUGCAUUUGCUGACUCCCGAGAGCUCGGUUCCGAGUUCUAUGGUCAGCAGCAGAGCUGGUACGAGGGCGAAGGAACUCCGGCGAACAAUCUCGAAAACAAUGCAAAGCAUGACGAACGCGAAGCGUUCAUAGCAGGAGCAGCGGCGGUGCCAGCCGUCGAAGCGCUUCCCCCAGGUAUGCCGAGGUCUUGCUCUUCGCCCGCCGUAGUGCUCGCUUCCUCGUCGCAGUCCUUCACUAUGCGAGAUAACAGCUCCCAGAAUGCCGCAGUGAGCUCGCCGUACAUGUCUCGCUCGGCGCCGCGUUGGUCGGACUGCGAUACUACAUUCAUCGGCUUCAGCUAUCUCCCACAACGGGACGCAUUCUCAUGCGCACCCGAACCUCCAGAAACGAUCUCGCCCGGUGCCAUGUCGACGGUCGCCAGCUUGGAUGACCUCGCACACAAAGCGGCAGCUUCGCCAAGCGGCUGGCCUGCAAGCACGCCUGUCGCUUCUACGCCCUUCCAUCGAGGUGGCAUGCCCUCCUCGCAUUCGCUGACGAUGCUGCCUACUCCGCCGUCGUUCGCACCGAGUCCCGUCGCACCCCUCGAACCCGAGCCAGCCUCGCAAAACAUCGAACCUGGUCAGCAUGCCCGCGCGGAGCCCAUCAAAUCGAUGGCGAGACGCCUCUCCGAACAGCACAAUUUUGUCACUCCCGCACGCAAGCCGUCCUACAUGGCGAUGCACGAACGUUUCCGACAGUUGCAGGGGCAAGAGGCACCCAUCCCCGAAGAUGCCUCGGCAAAUUACACACCUGCUGUCCCAGCUUCGCCGUACCCGUUCCCAAUGGCGUCCGUAGCCCGCAAAUCCAAGUUCACCGGUGGCAAGAAGCCCUUGCUCUAUCGUCGGGAUUUGGAUCGAGCGAGGUCUGCUACGCCUGGGGGCGGAAGCGUCGGAUCCGAUAGCCGACAAUCGGGAGGAAGCAACGCCGUUCGAGACAUUUCGGAACGGGAAGCCUGGGACGAGAUGAUGGCAGCGGUGCAGAAGAGCGUUCGGAAGAAGCAACCUGUCGCGCCCCUAGCACGUGUCCCGCCUGUGCCAGCUACACCAAUCACUUCGUCAACCGCGAGGCCAGGCGGUUUGCCUCGCUCUUCUACCGACCCACAGCUGUCGUGUUCGAAGCCCGUCACCACACAGCCGUCACGAAAGGCUCCGGAGGCUGUGCCUGCAGAGGUGCCGGUGUCGCGAAAUGCCUCGACGCGCAAAGCGUUGCAGCCUGUGCCUGCCCCUGCUCAAGCUGCGAAGCCAGUAGAGCCAGUGGACAGACCUCAAGGAGAGAAAGCCAGCGUGGUAUCUCAACAACCUGGUGCUCUCCGGCAACGCCCAUCAAAAGCCAACCUGAUCGCACCGCGUGCCACCUUCAAGGUGAUCCCGCCCGAGUCUCCGCAGGAUCUGCAAUUACCCGCCUUCUUGAACGAGUCACCGCACUUUGGUCCAUUCGCGCAAACGCAGCAUGCGAUGGACAUAGACAUGUACGAUUCGGACGCGUCGGACGACUCUACCGCCGGUCGACGCCGUCUCAAGCACAAGAAGAGCGCGCGACAGCUGCUCAUCAGAGCUCAGGAGCGCGGUACACCGACCAAACCAAAGCGAGCUCAAAGUCCUCCGCUAACGGACGCUUUUGCAUCGGCUCCGUCGGUGGCAGCGGUCUUGGAGGCAGCAGGCGCACGCAGCUCGCCUCCCAUCCUGCUUAGCGACCAGUCCAUGCGCUCCUGCAGUUCUUCUCGGGAUGCCUCGUACGAGCAUGGCGCCGACUUCGUUCCCGUGCGCGCUCGCGGGCGGGCUGGGUCCUUCCAACGAUCUGGCAAGACAUCGCCAGAUUUCGGCAACGAGGCUCUCUCUUCGAGCUUGGGCAAGACUUCAGUGACAUUUGCUCCCAUGUCGUACGUGCCGGUGCUCGGAGCGAUACCACCUUGGCGAGACGGCAGGGAUGGUCCUGGUAGCUCGGAUGGGCACGGCGAUGGCCUUGGAAUCCCUCGCGACAUGGCGCGCCCGACCAGGACGAUUCGCCGUAAAGACAGUGGCGAGAUGUUGUCGCAAUACCGGAACGCAAAAGGCAUGGGACGCGCGACGAGCAUGCUUUCGCUGAGCGACCGUGCCAAGGCCGACGCCCAAGCUCCGCCCUCUUUGCGACUUGGGGCCGGUCUCUCAUCGUCGCCUCCUGUGACGGCAGACGGCGAGGACGACUUCAUUCUGGGACACGUCGAGAAUCGGAUGCGGGCCACGGUGGCAGGCGGUAGCUUGCCGACUCGCACGAUCCGACGAUUCUCGAGCGUGCUCUCGCUCAAGGAAAAAGAGAAAGUCGCCGCCGAGCGUCCCAGCAGCCAGGAUGGCACGACGAAGGCAAAUCGCGGAUUCGGCCGCUUCCGAAGUCGCCUCAGCUCGUCUACCCUGUGCGAGGAGCCGGAGCAACAGCUGAACGGCGAGGCCGCCAAGUCGAAAAUGGACCGGCUGGCACCACCGGACAGUGUCGCGACUGGCGCGCAAAGCAAGCCAGCCUCCUCCAGGCUAGGACGAAAGAUGGGUGAUACGCUGCCAAGAUCUUUUGGCAUCCGCACUUCGUCGUCGUCUGUCAACCUGAGGAAGAGCAGCUUCACACCGACCUUGGAAGUGACUCACGACGUCGAUUCGCCGACCAAGGUCGCCGACGUCAGCAUGAUGACGGGCCUCAACCAACGACACACUGCGCUGCAAGGCUCGCUGCUGGGUCUGGAGGCGCGCCUCGCUCGUCUGAAAGCACGGCUCGAAGAUUGA